GUCAAACGCAGGCAGGCAGGGAGGCUGCUUUGGGGCAGAAUAGAGGGCCUGGGUGAGAGGGAGUAGAGGCUCUGAAAGGGGGCAAGAGGCAGAUCCAGCGUCGGGACUAAGAGCUCAGUUGUUCUGAGAACACGAAGGUUUUCAGCAGCUGGCGACAAGGCACCGAGAAGAGCUCGGAAAAGAGCAGAAGGCACUGCCAGCUCCAACGUCUUCUCCAUGUUCGAUCAGUCCCAGAUCCAGGAGUUUAAAGAGGCUUUCACCAUCAUGGACCAGAACCGCGAUGGCUUCAUUGACAAAGAGGACUUGAGGGACACCUUUGCCGCACUGGGCCGCAUCAACGUCAAGAAUGAGGAACUGGAGGCCAUGGUGAAGGAGGCCCCCGGGCCCAUCAACUUCACGGUGUUCCUGACCAUGUUUGGGGAGAAGCUGAAGGGCACGGACCCAGAGGAGACCAUUCUCCACGCCUUCAAAGUGUUCGACACUGAAGGGAAAGGCUUCGUCAAGGCCGAUGUCAUCAAAGAAAAACUUAUGACCCAGGCAGACCGCUUCAGUGAGGAAGAGAUCAAGCAGAUGUUUGCGGCGUUCCCCCCAGAUGUGUGUGGUAACCUGGACUACAGGAACCUGUGUUACAUCAUCACCCACGGGGAAGAGAAGGACUAGGGGAUGGCAGGUCUCCCCGACAUUCAGGGGCAGCAAACACUGUCGGGGGAGGGGUGACACGGAGCGCUUGCAGCCAGAGGGUGGGGGGGGGGAAGGGUUCCCUUGUCCUAUGAUUGGGGACAAAGCAAGAAUAAAUAAUGCUAA